CGACAUUCAUUCUCGCACAUACCACCGGCCAUGUGAGGUGGAAUUAAGGAUGCCUCGCUCUGAAGAAGCCGCCGCGUGGUACUCGGCCGUCUAUCGAGCUGUGCGAGAAGUCCCGCAUGGCAAGGUAACCUCGUAUGGACAUAUUGCAAUGCUGCUGGGAUAUCCUGAACGUCCACGGCAAGUCGGCAUGUGUCUCAAAUAUCUCGAUUCGGCGUCAGAUCAGCCGGAUGCGAAAUACAACAGCGAUAAUGUGCCAUGGCAACGGAUCAUCAACAGCCAAGGAGUCAUCAGCAACAGAGGAGCCAACGGCGCCGCCCGCCAACAGACGGCCCUCGAAUCCGAAGGAGUGACAGUCGGACGAGGCAACAUGGGAGAACGAACCGUCGACUUUGCGGAAUUUGGGUGGUUUCCGGAUGUCUUACCUUCGGCGGAAGGAGAGGACGAGAGUAGUGAUGAUGGAGAGGCGUGAUGAGCAGAGCGAAGCACUGUCUUCGGCGGCUUGAGUGCUGGCUUUUAUAUCACUGCCGGGGUGUCUGAAGCCGUUUGCUGAAUUCUCCGAUUGCACAUCAAGAAAGGGAGCCGC